CUGCUCCACACGGAAGACCUCAUAUCACUCUCUCCCUCCGUGCCAUCAUCCCACUGUAAUUACCCAUCUACGAGGCUGAGGGAAGCGAGAAGGUUGAAGGCCUUUUCCCAAUCUACCAGACAUGUCGACUUUACGGUUUGGACAGCACAUAAUCAAGGCCACGGCUGUGUUUCUGCAGACGGAGCUGUCUUUUGCCCUGGUCAACCGGAAGCCUGUGGUGCCAGGCCAUGUGUUGGUGUGCCCUCUGAGGCCUGCCGAGCGCUUCCGGGACCUCCAGCCUGACGAGGUGGCAGACCUGUUCAGCACCGCGCAAAGGGUGGCUGCGCUCGUGGAGAAACAUUUCAACGCCACCUCCCUCACCAUUGCCAUACAGGAUGGCCCCGAAGCUGGACAAACGGUAAAGCAUGUCCACGUCCACGUGCUCCCGAGGAGGGCGGGUGACUUUGAGCGAAAUGACAGCAUCUACGAUGAGCUUCAGAAGCAUGAUCGUGAAGAAGAGGAUGAACCUUCCAAAUGGAGAACAGAGGCGGAAAUGGCUGCAGAAGCUACAGAAUUGAGAAAACAACUCAACUCAACUUAACAAAUCCAGCUGGGUCCUGUUCCUCAUGCCAUGCCAGUGGCCCAGUUGCCAAGGCUGUUUCUGCUCUCCUUGUGAAAGGGUUGUUGGAAAAUUAAUGCGUCUACAUUCAGUCAGAUAUACACCACUGGUUUUCAAUUAGCCCAGUUAAGAUAUUUUUGUUAACUGCUGUGUUUGUCAAAAAUACAAUAAAAAAAUC